GCGACGAUGGAAGAGAAGUUUGCCCGCGGCGCAGUCCACUGAACAUUUUACUGUAUUUCAAACGGAGGAUCGCCAGCAAGAGCCCGCGGAGAAGCUUUCCUGGGAAUGCGAGGGAAUAUCUGACAACAUUUCCAAACGCGUCGCGAGUUUGUUUUUUCCCCCCUUCCAACAUUAAAGCCGGUUCUUGGAGCAGAUUGAUGCCGCGAAAGUAGUGGGGAAAGCCCGGGUCAGAAGACAGCGGACACCGGCACGAGUGCUGGCUGCGACGGAGGGUGCUUUGUAGCGAUUGACGUGGAAAAGAGGAGAAGAAAGGUGAAAGAAACAGACGAGAAGACAUCGCUGAGAAAGUGAUCAAGAGUCGACAUGAAUAACAACAAAAUCGAGAAGGAAAACGAACAGACUGAGUUCACCAACCACGAAGAGGAGGUCCGAACGCUAUUUGUCAGUGGGCUACCUCUGGAUAUUAAGCCACGAGAGCUCUAUCUCCUCUUCAGACCAUUUAAGGGCUAUGAAGGCUCCUUGAUAAAACUCACUUCGAAACAGCCGGUGGGGUUUGUCAGCUUUGACAGUCGAUCAGAGGCGGAGGCUGCUAAGAAUGCCUUGAACGGCGUCCGAUUCGAUCCAGAAAUACCCCAAACGCUGCGGCUGGAGUUCGCCAAGGCCAACACCAAAAUGGCCAAGAACAAGCUGGUUGGCACUCCAAACCCCCCUCCGUCCCAGCAGAGCCCUGGACCACAGUUCAUCAGCAGAGAUCCAUAUGAGCUCACAGUGCCCGCUCUCUAUCCCAGCAGCCCAGACGUGUGGGCGUCAUACCCGCUGUACCCGGCCGAGCUGUCGCCGGCCCUCCCUCCUGCUUUCACCUACCCCUCCUCGCUCCACGCCCAGAUCCGCUGGCUCCCUCCUGCAGAUGGGACUCCUCAGGGAUGGAAGACCAGGCAGUUCUGCUGAAGUCUGUGUCCCUGAUGUGUGAUGGUGGCUCCGGGCGGCUGUGAGGGCCUUUGCUGACUGCUUCUUCUUCUUGUGUCCAUCUUGAAUCCAGGAGGACAGCCCCUGCUCCUCUUCCUACCGGGCAGCGUAGCGUUGGCAGUAGCAGUAGCAGCAGCAGCCUCACGAGCCUCAGGACAUGCAAACCCAGCCUCCAUCACACAUCGAGCCCACUCCUCCCUCCCUUCCUCUCCUCCUCCCGCCCUUACGAAGACAUCCCCCCCUUUUUUUUAUACUGUUACAUAGUCGGAAAUGGAUCGGCGGCACUUUGGCUACACUUCCUCCAACACCUUUUGAAUAAGGUACAAGGCAUUGCAUGACUAGAAGCGCACACACCUCUUUGUCUGUGAAGAUAAGCAGGCCGUUGACUUUGCAUUGUGGAGAAUAUGCAAGCGUAGAGACCAAAGGAGCGUUCCAAUAUGCAGCCCUCAAGAAAGGCCACAGCAAGGAAGUGUGGACAAAAUGCUUAAAGGACACGUAUUAUGCAAAACUGACCUUUUAUUUAGCUUUUAAUCAUGUUAUAUUGUUGUCUCCUGUUCAAAAACAUACCUGGAGUUGUGUUUUGCUUCAUUCACGUGUGUUUCAUAAAUCCAAAGUCAUCUUCUCGGUUUGCUUUUUGCCGUGAUUGUUGCAUCAUAGGUAAAAAUACAGACUUCCUAAACCAUCUAUUCUGUGCUUCAUUUGUUUGUUUUCAUUCCUGUUGCUGACAACAGAGGGAGCUCCAACGCCUAAACACCUAAUUGGAAAUGGACGUGUUGUUUAUAAAGUGUUUUACAAAAUAAUUUUAACUUGUGAAAUACUAAUCCCAAGGUGACCAAAAGCAUGUUUAAAAGGGAAUUAAAGCCACAAAAAUGCAUAAUAUGUGUCCUUUACUGAUAAUGUUAUUCUAUGACUAUAAUUAUUAUUAUUCUGUAUAUCAUUCAUAUUAAUGUUAUUACGAUUAUUAAUAAUGUUGAAGCAUGAUUUUGCAAAAAAAGAAAAAAAAACCCAAUGCUGUACAUUUUUAGAUAUUUUAACGAAAGACAAAAAGGUAUUUUUGUAAUCGAAAAUAUGUUUGUUUGAAUUGUAUGAUUGUUGUUAAAGUGUGUAAGGAACUACUUUCAUACUCCUGCUUCUUCUUUGCCAUUUGAGUCGCUGUGUUAUACCAAAGCAGUCAUGUGAUGAUUUGAUUUUUUAUUUUAAUUGUGCUGUGCAAAGGUUUUAACCAAGUUUGGAGGAGUCAAAUUAGACUAUAUUUACCUACUUUUGUCAGUACAUACAAUAUUUGCCCAAACCAAGAACAAUAAUAAAAUUUUUAGUAGGGAUGUAACAAUAAUCAAAAAUCUUACAAUAAUAUCAUGGACUGUCACAAUAAACCAAAUUACAAGUUCCUUUGCCUUAAAGCAUUGUUUUAUAGCAGCAACAGCUUAUAAAUAAAGGGAACUACACAUCCCGUGAUUCAUUUCAGUGCAGAUGACAUGAAGAAAUAUGUUUUUCUGCUUAAUUAUUGAGAUUAUGAGAGUAAUGAUUCACAGCUUCAGUCACCACAGGCUUGUCAAGGUUUUUUAAAAGCAAAAAAAGUGUCCUAUCUACAAUUUUAUUAGUCUCUUCAGAAUAAAUGUGGAGUGAAAUGAAUAUCGUGACAAUAUUAUACUGUGAGAUUUGGAUAUCGUUACAUCCCUAGCUUUUAGUAUUGCAAAAUAAGGCCAUUAAAGAUGAACUAAGUAACAUUUUCUGUUAUGAGUCUGCCACCACAGAGAUUAUUAUUACUUACAAUAUGAUAUUAAACUUAUCAAACAUGCAUGGUUCAAUUACAGGUGUUUUUAUUGCUCAAAAGUACAUUUAAAAACAUAAUUCUUACUGUAAGCAGUCUCUUCUCCACAGACCUGACCCGUAACUUAGAUUGGAGAUGGAGAUGGGUUUUUUAAUGCCUCAGUGGAGACAGGCAGGCCUUCCAUCAGCAAAGUUACAUAGUGCACUUUUAAUACACCCUAAUGACAAAAGUCCCUACUAUAAUUUUCAUUUUCAAUCGUCCGACCUGCCUAUUGCUUUUGCACAGUGCUGCGUGUUUUGUGAGUGGAGUUCUGUUUGCUCGAGCGUAUUUAAACCCAAUGAAGCAAACACUUGUCUUUAGUCGUACAACUGAGCAGUGAUAACGAGUGAUUACAUAUUUAGCUCAGAAUGUAUUUGUUUUUGUCUUUUUCAAAUCCAGAUCAACGCUUUGAAGGGCAUUUUAGGUUUCGUUCACAACCUUAUAGAAUCCUAAAAGUUAAAACUGAGGACAGGUUUGAUUUCUUUGCCAGAAUUUGCUGUUUAAAAGAGAUUUGUUUACCUGAUUUUUGUAAUUUCUGUAAUUACCGUGCCUAUCCUCGUGAAAAAAGUGGACAAAUUUCAGCGUAUUCUCUGGCAGCAUAAAUAUAAAAAAAAAUUAAUUAUUCUUUCAUAAUAGCUUCAGAAAGUGGUGCCAUUCUGAUGGUUAAUAUGGCAAGUUUGUAGAGCCAAGCCCUGACUAAAAUAUAAUGAUUAGGGUCAACAUUUGUGGAUUAUUAUUUUUAUAAAAACAGCAAAUCUCCCAUAGAGUUGCAGACCCAUGCCGUCCGUUUGAAAUUAUAACAUCGUCCAAUUCAAGAAUGUGAACGCAACCUAUUGACAGCAGCAAGAAGCCAUCUUUAGCAAUAGAAAAGUGACCGUCUGAACAUUUCCGAACUGAGCCCUGCUAAAAUUAGACCCUUUUUGUUGUGAAGAAGGAGAAAGAAACAAAAGACCAAAGGUAUUUUUUACACUGGAGAGCUGUUCGGCUAGUGAAACGAUGAUUCAGUUGUGACAGCUUUGUAGUCUUCAUUUUGAUUUCUUAUGAAGUAUAACAUUAUUAUAUUAUUAUUUUUUGUCUAGCGUGUCUUUUGGUGUCAUUCCAAAAGAGCAAUCAGAAACAAUAUUCACUUUAAGCAAUUAUCUUUUGUCUAUUUUUAGGAGACUUUGUACAACUCAAAUUUACAUCAUUGUAAUCGGACAGGGGGAAAAAUAACAACCUUUUGUAAAUGUGUGUUUCGUGCGCCUGCAAUAAUGUCUGGCUGUUUGACAUAUCUGAUCAUCUUCUUGACAUUUUACGCCGAUUUUCAUUCAAGUCAACACACAAAGCAAAUUUUGUGUUUUUGCUGAUGAGGUCGUGUCACAUUUCAAAAUCAUGUGACAAUCAAGAGCAAAAAAAAAAAAAGAAAAAGCAAAUCGAAGCUUUUGUCCAGCUUGGCAAUCAACUUCAAAUAUUCAUGUUUUUGUAAUGAACUAUAAUAUGCAUAUGAUAUCAACUGAUUUUAUGAAGCCGGACUGCUUUUUUUAGCCAAUACGGCACCAAAUUUUUAAGUAUUUAUAAGGUGUGUGCGUGUUGUUUUGGAAUUGUUUUAUAGCCCCUUAUAUAAGUCAAUGUAAGUAUUAUUGUAAGUUUAAUUGUAUAUUCAUUUUGGUAAUUUUAAGAGUUUUAUGUGUUUGUAAUUGACUGAGUGGAUUUAAUGUUUUUGAAUAUGUUUUUAUCUACAUCAUUCACUGUGAAAUCCCAGAUAGUACAUUUUGACUGGUACUGACGACGAUCCUGGAAGCCCAACCAAUAAUGACAUCCCAAGUUCUCCAAGUGAAAAGCGCCUAUCCAAAUGUUUUCAGUAUAAUCGUGUAUGUGUUCUGUGCAUGUUCACGGCAUGUGUGUGGGUUUUUGUUUUUUUCUUAUACAGUACUGUUAAUAUUUAUGUACCUUAUGUAGACCGCUGUGAGGAGAAAAUGCAUUUCAGUGAAUUGCAGAGGUUAAUAGGUUUGUUUGUUUAAGAAAUCAUGAAAAAAAGUUGAAUCAAAAAGAGAGGUUUUUAUGAAAAUGUAAAAUGAAGACAUUCAAGGCCAUAUGACAUUAAAGAUUGACGUCAUCCCUGCUGUCA